AACCAAUUGUUAUAGCAUAAGGAAGUUAAAAAGAUCAAAUAUUCAUUUAGUGGGAAGCACCUAGUGUAAGCAGUUUAAACUCUUCACUUACUGGAAACCCUUGUGUUAAGAGUAUUUGGUAUCUGCAGGAACUUGAUAAAUCAGCAUUCAACCAAGGUGGUCACACUGGUUGGACCAAGGUCCUGCUCUGCAAUAUGAGCAUCACUUCAAACACCCAUCUGGAUGGUCAGCUAAUCACUAGCCACUGGGCUUCUUCCAACUGCUGUCAUUCUGAUGUUCCAAGAGUGAUGACUGAGUACACCAGCGGUCACUUAUGGUCUCAGGAUUCCCAGCCACAGUUCUGGAGUAAAUAUCAAGUGUGGGAGUGGCUGCAACAGGUCAUGGAUAUAAACCAGAUUGAUGCCUCUCACAUCCCCUUUCAAAACUUUGAUAUGGAUGGUAACCAGCUCUGCAACCUGACCUACCAGGACUUUGUCCUUGCUGCAGGAAAUUUAGGGCCUAUUCUCUUCCAAAGCAUAACACAACUCAAGUUAGCUGAAUACCAUGUGGAAAUUGGUCAUCUGGAAAUAAAACCGGAACAAGACGGCUAUCCACAAACAGAAAUCUGUGACUCAUCAAAUCACUCCCAAGUCUCACCCACUCCUUCCAGUGCUGAAAUCAAAAUCUCCAACAGUCGUCAUCAUCAAGUCAAAAAACACAACCCAAGGGGGACACAUUUGUGGGAAUUUGUCAGAGACAUUCUCCUGCAUCCUGAACGCAAUCCAGGCCUGAUCAAGUGGGAGGAUCGGACAGAAGGGGUAUUUCGCUUCCUUAAAUCAGAAGAAGUGGCACAGUUAUGGGGCAAGAAAAAAAACAACAGCAGCAUGACCUAUGAGAAGCUGAGUCGAGCAAUGAGAUACUACUACAAAAGGGAAAUCCUUGAACGAGUAGACGGACGCAGACUGGUAUACAAAUUUGGUCGCAACGCGAGAGGAUGGAAGGAGUGUGAAAAAUAAAAAUUUUCAUUUUUUUUUUUUAUGAACUUGAAUAAUGAAGGUCGAUGACUUUGACCAAUUGGAUGAGUCUUCUUGAUGAUAUCUAUCAGAAAAUAUGACUUCAAGAUUUUGAAAAAGUUAUGUUAAAAAACAGAUACAUAAAGCUGAUUGUAUUGCAUUGUUGUAGAUCCGACAGUCCCUAAUGAAAACAUGGUGAUACUGUACAUGUCGGAUGCCUGAUACUGUAUACCAGGCCACUUAAGGAAAGGAUGAGGAUCGUUGAAAAACAAAAGAAAGUAAUGAAAUAACGCAAAAGGCAAACAAUAUAGCGAAAUAUAAACAUGUCAUAAUGUAACAUUUUUUUUUGUUUGGCAUGUUGUAUUUUGUGUUGUACGUGUAUGUGAAUGUGUUUUAAUGCUUUCUAUAACUAAAGAUGGCCAUUCAUUUGUAUCUUUCUAAAGUAAUGUGUUACUAUGUGACAUCCUGUGAUAAUGGUGGUGAUGGUCGUGGUGGGGCGGAUGAUACUAUUUUAAUUGUUCUUGUCUGCCUUGCAAUGUUUGGAAUGAAUUCAGAGUCAUGACAUUGUAUGAGAAUGACUGAACCUUAUAAGGUUUAUCUUGGUAACUGUGGUAUCAUAGUGAUAGCAAAAUUGAAGACCUUCUCUACCACGGUGUGGCACACAAUGGUGGCCAACUAGAUAAUAGUCAAAUAAACA